AUGGACGAAGAAGACUUGCGUGGUCGGAUUCAAAUGGAGACUGCAGCAAUCCCACCGGAAAUGAUUCAGGGUGCUACAUCUCAAACCGUGACGGUCAUGAAUGAGUGUCUCGAAGAAAAUUGGGAAGUGACUGUUCAAAGACAUUUUGAUGAUAACGAUUGGAUUGAAACGUUCAGAAUGCGAAAAUCAACGUUUUAUUAUAUUUGUGAGGAAUUACGUCCAAUGCUUGAGCCGUCUCGACCUAUUAUGAAACCUCCAAAAAAACCUCUGAGUGUUGAUAAAAAAGUUGGUGUUGUUUUAUACUACUUAGCUAGCUGUUGUGAAUAUCGGGUAGUCGCUAAUCUUUUUGGUAUUCAUAAAUCCACUGUUUGGAAGUGUAUGCAUGAAGUGGUUGAAGCAAUAAAUACUAUUCUUCUGCCAAAAUAUAUUGUUAUGCCAGAUGAAACCGAGUGUUCUAUUAUAUCAUCGAUGUAUGAAGAUUUAAUUCAUAUACCUCAAGUAAUUUGUGCAAUUGAUGGUACCCAUAUUCCUAUAUUACCACCAACUGAAGGCUACAGAGAUUACGUAAAUAGGAAAGGUUGGCCAUCAAUAGUACUCCAAGGUUUAGUCGAUGUGACACUGAGGUUUAGAAAUAUAAAUUGUCAAUCUCCAGGAUGUUCACAUGAUGCAGCAGUAUUUCGAGAGUCCCUGUUAUAUAGAAAUGCAGAUAAUUUAAUUCCAAAGAAUGUAAAACGAGUGAAAGAAGUAAAUGUUCCAUAUUUCAUAAUGGGUGACGGAGCUUAUCCUCUUCUGCCAUGGUUGAUGAAAGCUUAUACAAAUUCAGAGCUAACAGCUCAAGAAGAAUUAUUCAAUAACUAUUUUAAUAAAGGAAGAGUACAUAUUGAGAUGGCAUUCGGACGCUUAAAAGCGCGAUGGCGAACAUUAUUAAAACGUACAGAGUUAGAUUAUCAAUUUGUUCCAGACGUAGUUGCUGCUUGCUGUACACUCCAUAAUAUUUUAGAAACUAAAAAAGAUCCAUUUUUGAUAAAUUGUGAUAGUUAUGUAAAAGAAAUUGAACGUAUAUUUCCUCAACCACAAAGGCAAUUGGCACGAACAUAUGAUGAUCUUAAUGCAAGAAGAAUUCGAGAUGCAUUAUGCGAUUAUCUUACAGAAAUCCUCCGAAAUUAA